AUGCAUUGGGGUAGCACCGAUGGCCCAGAGGAGAAGGACAUGAAUGCAAUGAUUCCACAAAUCGAAGCAAAUCGUUUCUCCAAAUGCAUCGUCCAAGAUGGGAUUCAAGUGCAGAGACAACACAACAGAGGCGUUACAGCAAUAUUCCCUGGCAGAGUAGACGGCAAGCUGCGCAAGCGUAAACGCGUUGCAAUCCUAAUCGAGACCGCCUCGACUUGUUCUGGGCUGAGGUACUGCCGCCAAGGGAUUGUCGAUGAGGAGGAGACCCCGGUACGACUCUCUGUGGGUGCAUCCUGGGCGCACAUGGACACGAGAGUCGAGGGUCUGGUCGGCCGAGUUGGGGUUAGUCCUCGAUUGCCUUGAUUGUAAAGAUG